UCCUCCUACCGCCCUGAUCGAAAUUUCGCUAUUGCACACAUUCAGACUGCUCGCAGCGCCGGAGAGCAGAAGGAAGCAUGGGUCAGACGUUGUCAGAGCCCGUAGUGGACAAGAAAUCAGACGAAGGUCAAGAUGACCGAGUCGUAUUUGGCGUCAGCGCCAUGCAAGGAUGGAGAAUAAGCAUGGAGGACGCGCAUGCGGCAGUACUCGAUCUACAAGCGCUCGAAGGCGACGAGGAGCUCAAACCUGCCGCAGCAGACGUCCGAGUGUCCUUCUUCGGUGUCUACGAUGGCCAUGGAGGCGACAAGGUGGCAUUAUAUACCGGCGAGCAUCUGCACAACAUCGUCGCGAAGCAAGAGUCAUUCAAGAACAAGGACUUCGAACAAGCGCUCAAAGACGGCUUUUUGGCUAUCGAUCGUGCCAUCCUCAGUGAUCCCAGAUAUGAAGAGGAGGUAUCGGGAUGUACAGCUUCAGUGGCUAUUGCUACCAAGGACAAGAUUUAUGUGGGCAAUGCUGGAGACUCGAGAUCCGUUCUCGGCAUCAAAGGACGUGCGAAACCUUUGUCCUUUGACCACAAGCCUCAGAAUGAGGGCGAGAAGGCACGUAUAUGCGCAGCAGGCGGCUUCGUCGAUUUCGGCCGUGUGAACGGCAACCUCGCGCUCAGCAGAGCCAUUGGAGACUUUGAGUUCAAGAAGAGUGCGGACCUGCCUCCGGAGCAGCAAAUUGUUACUGCAUACCCGGAUGUGACCGUGCAUGAGAUUGGCGAUGACGACGAAUUUCUCGUCAUUGCUUGCGAUGGUAUCUGGGACUGCCAAUCAUCACAAGCCGUCGUCGAAUUUGUCCGAAGAGGAAUUGCCGCAAAGCAAGAGCUGCACGCUAUUUGUGAGAACAUGAUGGACAACUGCCUAGCAUCUAACAGCGAGACUGGCGGAGUUGGUUGUGACAACAUGACCAUGAUCAUUGUUGGACUUCUUCGAGACAAGACCAAGGAGGAGUGGUACAAGAUGAUUGGCGAGCGAGUUGCGAACGGAGAUGGUCCUUGCGCGCCACCUGAGUACGGCAACAAAGCUAAUAAUGUCACAGCUGAGUUCCGCGGUCCGGGAAUGCAUCACCGCUUCGACGAUUCACCGGAUGACUAUGAUAUGGAUAUGGAUCAGCGGACACGCAUGCUAGGUCGGGGUGGCCGUAUCAUUCUUCUCGGUGACGGUACUGAGAUUCUGACAGGCCAUUCUGACGAAGACGGUGACAUUGACAUGGAUGACCGUGUUCAAGACGUCGAGGAUGUCUCUUCCGAGGAGCAGGACGAAGAGCAGCUGCGAAGCGAUCCGAAGCCGAAUGGAGCAGAAGACAGAAAUUCGCGAGAGGAAACGCCUGCGCCAACAGCCACCGCGACGGGAACUGAUCUGUCGAAUAAAGCUGAGGAGAGCAAACAGCGGCUCACGUCGACUGCGGCCCCGAAGACCACCACACCCACUGACACUGAGGCCGGUGAGAAGAGCAAAGAGGAGACGAAGUGAGGAGCUCUUUUGCAGUCAAUCUUCUGGAAUUGAUACCCACUUUGCGACGAGACCAAGAGCAGCUACUUACGGACGACGACACCUUUUGACGAUGCACAGACUUCUACCUUUAACCUCUUUCCAAACGACAUACGUCUCCGGCUUGCUGUUUACCCGAGCCUUUACAUCGGAGCAUGGCUGCCCGGGAGCGGAUGAUCUCUCUACAACGAACAGGACGCGGCAGGGUGGCAUUAGACAGACGAUGGAAAUCUUACUUGCAUGAUCCGUUCCGCGCGGCGC